AAUUAUUAUAAUAAAUAUUAUUUAUAUAUCUAACUUUUAUUAUAUAAUUAAAAUUAUUUAUUUAUUUAUUUAUUUAUUUAUUUAUUUAUUUAUUUAUUUAUUUAUUUAUUUAUUACUUUAUUUAUUUAUCUAUUUUUUAUUUAUUUAAUUAUUUAUUUAUUUAUUAUUUAUUUAUUUAUUCAUUCAUUCAUUUUAUUUCAUUUAUUUAUAUAUUUAUUUAUUUAUUUAUUUAUUUAUUUAUUUAUUUAUUUAUUUAAAACUAUUUAUCUUUUUAGAAUAAAUUUUAAAGUUCAUUUUAGUAUUUAAAAAUGAAGAGAAUGCAAAUUUGUGUGCUUGGGUUAGGUAAAACUGGAAAAUCAAGUUUAAUUCGAAGCUUUGUUGAGGGUGUAUUUGAUCAAGAAUAUGUCCCAACAAUAGAAGGAGGUGUUUGUAAAUCAUUUUCAUUCAGAAAUGAAAUGAUAAGAUUAUCUAUUAAUGACACUGCUGGAUCAAAGGAAUUUAAUCACUUAGUACCAGAUACAAUUAAACAAAGUAAUGCAUUUAUAAUUGUAUAUUCAUUAGAUGACAGAGAAUCAUUUGAUAGUAUACAGUACUAUAAGGAUCUAAUAAAUCAAUAUAAAACCAUAUCAAUGCCAGCAAUAAUACUAGUUGCUAAUAAAACUGAUUUACCAGAGGAAUUACAUCAAAUCUCAAAAUUUGAAAGAGAGCAAAUUAGCAAAUACUACCAAGCUCCAUACGUCGAAUCAUCAUCAACCAAUUCACAAUCACUUUAUAAUAUAUUCAUUGCAUUAUUAGAAGAAAAUGAAACUAAAAAUAAAAUAAGAAUUAUAAAAAAGAAAGAGUACGAAAGAAGAAUAAAAAUUUUAAACCAAAAUGGAAUAAUAUUUAAAAUGUUACAUAAAAUGAAAAUAUUAAAUACAACCAAUGAAAUUUUAAAAAUAUAAAUAUAAACUUAAAAAACAAUAAAAUAAUUUUAUUUAUUAGUGUAUACAUAGUUU